GAGAGAGAGAGAGAGAGAGAGAGAGAGAGAGAGAGAGAGAGAGAGAGAGAGAGGAAAAGUUAGUCAAGAUGGCAAAUCUCACAGACCCGCAGUGAAGGGGCACCGCUCCCCGAAAACAAAAAGAAGCUGAGCCUGACGCCCGACCUGAAACAAACCAACGAUGCGAACUGCUCCGGGAGGCUUAAGAGGGAUUCCCUGAAGAAAAAUGCCAGUGAGGCUGAAGCUGAUGUGACACAGAGUGUGCUGGAAGAAGGCUGACUCAUCAAAUAUCAAUCCCUCUGGGACUUAGCAGCCGAGAACAGUUCAUAUCAACUAAUGCCGAGCUAGAAGGGCACCCCACCCCCCCCCCACCCCCCACACCCCUUAACAACGGAGAUUAUCAAAUAGAAGAAGACGUGCUGAAACCCCACCAGCAGGAAUAUACCCUGAAAACAGCUGCGGGUGAAACAAAUUUUGACCUGCUGUCCCUGCUGCAAAGAAAGCUAAGAAUGGCAUCACAGUGCUUCAGCUGAAACCUCUGCUUGAUUCCCCCCAUAUAGAAACAUCAACCAUCAGCCAGAAGAACACAGCCAUCCUCCCAUAAGAUUUACCCAAACCAUCUUUGUAAAGUCUCUCUGAGUCACUCUCCACACCUCUUAGCCCAGCCCGCCACCAACACAGUCAGUCUGCCUACAAUCCCGCCUCGCAGACCAUGAUGUUUCGCGAUCAGGUGGGCGUGCUUGCGAGCUGGUUCAAGGGAUGGAAUGAGUGUGAGCAGACGGUGGCUCUGCUGUCCCUGCUGAAGAGAGUGAGCCGGACCCAGGCCCGCUUCCUGCAGCUCUGUCUGGAGCAUUCCCUUGCUGAGUGCACCGAACUGCAGGUCCUGGAAGGAGAGGCCAACAGCCCAGGGGUGAUCAGCCAAUGGCAGAGUGAGUCCAAAGAGCGGGUCAUCUCUCUUGUCCUUACCCAUCUCCCGCUGCUUAAACCUGGCAAUGUUGAAGCCAAGGGCGAGUACAUGCGCCUCCUGCCACGCAUCCUGGCCCACACCAUCGAACAUGGCCAUCACUUGGAGGAGUCUCGCCAGCUCCUGUCCUACGCCCUCAUCCACCCUGCAACGUCCCUGGAAGACCGAGCCGCCCUGGCACUCUGGCUCAACCAUCUGGAGGAGAGGGCCGCUGCCCGAGGAGACUCACUGGAAAGGCCUCCUCCAUCCGGGCAGCACCACCACCACCAGUCCACUCCUCCAUCCACCCUUAGCUCAUCAGGAUCUUCAUCCUCCACUAACACGUCUUCGUCAGGCAAUCUCUACUCAUUACACCACCAGCGCUACGGCUCAGACGACCGUCUCAAUGGAUGGCAGAGCUCCAGGGAUUCAGGACUGGGUGGAGGCUGGCACCAGCAGCAGGGCUGUGAAAACGGGCACCUCCUUCUCUACCCAUCAUCCUCAGUGCCGACAACCAUCAACACAGUUGGAACCGGUGGAGGUGGUAACACUAUCCUGACAAGUGGAGGUGGCAGCCAGCAGCACAGUCCUCUGAAGCGAUCUGUGUCCCUCACUCCUCCAAUGAGCGGCCCUAGCAACCAGCCUCUGGGCCAUGUCUGGCUGUCUCAGGAGGACCUCAGGACCGCUAGAGGCCCAGCCCCAGACCACGCACCUCUCUCUCCCCAGAGCAGCAUUGCCUCUUCAGGUAGUGGAGGCAGUGAGCAUCUGGAGGAGGCUGGUUUAUGUUCAAGUCUGCAUCGCAGUUCCUUCCAUGAAGAUGGCAGCGGCAUGAGGGAUGUUCCUGCAUGGCUGAAGAGUCUCCGUCUCCACAAGUACGCCGCUCUCUUCUCCACGAUGACCUACGACGAGAUGAUGUCUCUCACUGAAGAACAGCUAGAGGCACAGAAAGUCACCAAAGGAGCAAGACACAAGAUUGUUAUCAGCAUCAUGAAGCUCAAAGAGAGGCAGCAUCUACUCCGCAGCUUGGAAAAGGAUGUGUUAGAAGGCAGUAAUCUGCGAGCCCCGCUGCAGGAGCUCCACCAGAUGAUCAUGACGCCUAUCAAAGCUUUCAGUGGUGGAGAGGAGGCCUCUUUGCAGCGCCCCCUGCUGAGCGCAGAAGGAAAGAGUGCUGCUCCUGGCUCCCACCUGAGCAGCAGCAGUGGUGGUGGAGGAGAAAGCGAGUCUGGCACCAGUGUCAUUGCAGAGGGGGAUAUACCCGGCCAGUUCACGCGUGUCAUGGGCAAAGUUUGUACUCAGCUACUGGUGUCGAGGUCAGAUGAGGAGAAUAUCAGCUCUUACCUACAGCUCAUUGACAAAUGCCUUAUCCAUGAGUCCUUCACUGAGACACAGAAGAAGAGGCUGUUGUCAUGGAAACAACAGGUCCAGAGGCUGUUCCGGUCCAUUCCAAGGAAAACCCUCCUUGACAUAGCAGGGUACCGACCGCAGAGGAGCCGCUUUGGCCAGUCAAACUCUCUCCCCACCUCUGGCUGUGUCGGCAGCGUGUCCGCCAGGAGGAGCCUUCGGCAGUUCCAGAUGCCCUCCAGGAGCUUGCCUGGUGCCAGGCUGGGCCUGCUGGGCAGUGGGGGGCUGCUUGGACCGACACCUCGCAGCUCCAGCAGCACACCAACUGGUCCCAAGCAGGGGAGACAGGGUCUGUGGUUUGCAAACCCAGGAGGAAGUAACAGCAUGCCCAGCAGGACCCACAGCUCCGUGCAGAGGACUCGCUCCCUGCCAGUUCACACCACGCCACAAACCAUGGUCAUGUUUCAACAGACAGAUCUUCAGUUACCGGUGACGGAGCCAGACAUCAACAACCGCCUUGAGUCUCUGUGUCUGAGUAUGACAGAGCACGCCUUGGGAGACGGUGCAGACCGCACAUCGACAAUAUGAAACGAGGACCUGAGUGAGAGCAGCAGGACAGCGCCAGUUCACGAGGCUCUCUCAUGACAAGUCACCUCGAGGUCACCAGCUCCUUCUGCCCCCUCUCCCUGUAGCCAACGGCAGAGCUCAACCAAAGGAUCGGGGCCGGAAUCAACACAAAGGAGCCAACCAUCUCACGGCUAACAAAAGCUACAACAUCGGGACCGUCCAUCGUGGUGUACAAACACACUUCCUGCUCUGUCAGCAUGCUCACCAUCACCUGCAUCUGUGUGGGGGGAGAGACAAGCUUCAAACACGGCCUGGACAGUGUGUAAACAGCGCCAUCCUCCCAGGGAGGCCAAAAGCAGCACUGCAGUCCGAUCAGAAAGGAGAGGCUGGUUCGCUAAUCAAGGCCCAGUGGGGCUGAGGGCCUUUCCCUCUCUAACACCUUUUGGUCCCCGCACAUCGAUUACAGUACCUCAGACCCUGAACAAGACAACAAAGCAGAGUUAUACUGACACAGUGUGCGGUUUGAGGUUUCCUUUCAGUGAGGACUGAGCGACAGAGCACAAAGGAAGGCCUCUGGCUCAGUAUCGGGUGGGGGAAAAAAAAUCAUUUAUUUGUAUUGUUUGUAUUUAUUGUUUACAUAAUGAUGCUACUUUCAAAGGGUACAGAAACAUGGAUGAAUUUCAGGUAUGAAGUGUUACAUAUUCUGUAAGGCCUCGGCUUUUAAACCAGCUUUACGCCCCCAUGAGUAGUCAUCAAGCUAGUUUACAACCAACGUGCUUAUUCUUUAUUUCAGCAGCAGAUGACGACAAAGACGCGUCUGCUCCAACAUUGACCACCAGAAAGAGAGGGAGCAGAGUCAGCGAGAAGGAGGGAGAGCAGAAGUUUGAGGAGGGAUAAUAAGAGGAAGGAGCUGAUGUAGGAGAAAGACACAGGAAGUAGCUGAAGAAAGAAAAGAGUUGAAGUGAUAAAGGAGAGGGAAGCGGAUGUUUAAAGGAGAAAGACUUCAGAGGCAGGACCUCUGAUGAGCUGAAGAGGACAGAGGAAGAUGAUGUCAUGACCCAAUCAUAUUGUAAGUCUGUUCAUGUGAGUAAGUGUAGGAGGAAGGGAAUUUGGCACCGGUCAGUUACAUAUUGUUUCUCCAUAGCAUGUACUGUAUGAACUCUUUGUAUUCAGAGCCUUUGUAGGCACAGUGUAGGUUUUUAUAUGAGAUACACACAGCUGUAUCAUCAGUGGGAUUUGUCUGCAUGUUCAGAUGUUGGGUUGAGUUAUUUUUCUACAGCAGGGUGAUGUGCUGAAGCUGCAUGUUACAACUAAAAAAAGUUUUUUCUUGUGGAAAAGGAAGAUUGUGAAAUGACGAGUGGCAGUCUGAAUAGGAAGGCGAUCUAGUUUCCACUCAGACUGUGCUGCUGAGAGGAUUACAGCAUUAGAGAAAUCACACACUGUCAAUCCAUGAAGGGGAGAUUUCCCAGAGAUUGUGUCGUUAGUGCUUACCUCCACCUGCUGGUCAAACGCAGUCAUGACAGGAGAAUACCAUGCAAACACAGGCUGCCAGUGUUACAUGGACUUGUAUCUGUCCUGUAUGUGCAGGCCUACAUGGGAUUUAUUUUCAUUUUCAAUUUGGAAUCUCAUGGUUAUUCUGUGUCUUAAUAUUUAUCCUCGGUUUAUUUUGUCUGUUGGAAAAAAAAGCAGGUCAGGAAAUGGUUUGCUUCGAGUCCUGACCUCGACUUCUCGUCAGUGAAGGUUACUGAUUAUUAUUGUUUAGUUUCUUUAUUAUAGUUUGUUGCAAUUCAGUAGUACUUUCUUUGUAUUCUGCACUUGAUAUUAUUAUGAAACACUAAAGUCAUCCAAAUGUUCACGGCUCGAAGCUACAGUUGAGUGCUUUGGAGGGAGAUGAAACGUAUACAGAUCGACUGUAGAGCUGCAGAUGUAGAGAGCACCAACAGGUGGGAAUGUUGACUCCUGCAGCAGAGAAAAAAAAAAGCUGCUGAAGCCUUUCACAUUGAUCUCUUCUGUUUGUCUGACGGUGGAUACCAGAGUUAGAAAAACUCUCUGUAAUCAUCACAUGGAGUUAAAGAAGCAACAUAUGUGUUUCUACAUGUUUUACCCUCUUUACUACAAACAGAAAACACACAUCAUAAUAACUGACUUUUUCUUUUUACUAUGUUUUAAGUUUUUAAUUUCCGGUUCAGAAUAACUCACAUAGUCAUAUAGACUCCCUGCAGUGGAAAGAAAGCUCUUCUCUUAUACUAAUGAAAGUCCAGACUUCUCAGUGUUCACAUCUCCUAAAGAAGAUGAAUGAAAUGAACAGGCCUGUGAAACCUCUGAUUCAUACUAAAACAAAGGUUUUACUACCAGUUAUAUCACACAAACUGUGAUAUAAAACACUAAAACACUCACAUACACCUAAAGGUCAGGCAGCAGUGAUGCUGUCAGUGUGUAACUUUAGUGAAUGGGUGAAAACAUGCAGAAAUACUGUUAUGGUUCCUUUGACUGUCUCAAACAGCCGUCUGUCUUCAUCGGUGAAAUGCAGCUUAAGAUGCAGCGACUGAGGCUUCAAAAUGCACUCAGCUGCACACACACACACACACACACACACACACACACACACACACACACACAAACACAGAGGUGGUGUGUCGAGCUGUGUUGGGGUUUUCUUUGCUCUCAAACUGUGAGAGCCAAUCAGGCGUCAUCUGUACGUUUUGUAAACAAAGUUGAAGACUCCUCCUCCAAAGCGAGAGUGUGACAUCAGAGCGUAUAGAUCCUGAACCAGGAUGAAGAUGUUCACGCUGAAGCUGUUUGCUGAAGCAGCUUCAGCAUCUCCUUGUCACAAGGAGACUGUUUCAGUGUCACUGCCAUGAAUCAGUACUUAAAUUUGAUACAAUUAUUUAUUUGUUGUUUUUUUUUUUUUUCAGAGGCGAUACUUUAACUCAUUUAGGUGUAUUAUUAUUUAAAGUACCAUAUGUAUUAACAUGUUAUGGCUGGUGACCAUACGUACAUCUCAAUUAUUAACAUAGUUAUUGUCGACUUUAUUUUUUUGCCGUUGUUGAUCUAUAACCUUUGUUUCUGUCAGUGUCAUGUUGAGAUUUUUCAUAUGAAGCUUUGCGGUCGGAGCGGAGCUGAGAGCGGCAGCCGAUCCUUCACGGCUUCAUCAGUCGAGUCAGUUCCCGUUCUUUUUAGAGGAGCGGGUCUGCAAACAGGUCAGCAGAGCGAUGUUGUUUCAGUCUUUGGCAGGCCAGGAAGUAGACUGGUCCAUUGUGAUCUCGAGUCUAAACUUGGUGCUUUUGUUGUGUUACCAGCUUUGUCUGCAGCCCUGAGUGGGAGAGGCUGAUAUCAUAGGUUUGUUAUUUUUAAAGGGUGACGUCGGUAGUGUUGAAUGUUUUUAUGACUGUCAACAAAUCCCAUGAAAAUACCGAAUUCAUCAUUGUUUGUUGUUUUCAUGGGAUUUGUUUAUAUGAGUAAAAUGAAAUCACAUCUGCAGACACAUCCCUGAAACAUGUUUGAUAUCAGCGGUGAAACUGAUGAAACCUGCAGUCAGAUAUGAAAUCAAAGGGAUUAUUGGAACUGUAGUUUUUAUUUUUGCAGUAUUUUUUUUAAUUAUUUUUUUAAAACUUUCAUAUCAUGGUGCCAUGUUUGAGCUCUAAACGUCUUCUGGAGUUGUGUCCGUGCCGCAUUUUGUACAAAUACUCACUGACAGUGUUCAAUAACCCGAGUUCAUGUGAUUUUUCUAGACGACAUAACAAGAGUCGAGCUUCAUGUUUUUGUGUCGAGAGUUUGAAUGGACAGUGCAGGCCUCCAGUUUGUUCUCCUGCAGCGUCACCGGGUGAACACAGAAAACUCGCCUGUGACGGGACAUUCACCCCCGACGUCUGUAUCAUUACUCUCCUCUUCAAACCAAAUGCUUUGUUUUGAUUUUCUCUGAAUGCGUAUGAUCUGUGCGAGCGUUCAGGAGCGCUCCUAACGCCGUGCACACCGCAGUAUUAACAGUUAGAUAACGCCUCGAUAUUCCAAAAACAUGUAAUGUACUUUAAGUUGACACAUUUAUGCUGUUUUAUAUCUUUUCUUUUUGUCAUAGACUCUGCAGUUUAGUCUGUUUAUGUCAUUAUGGGAUGCCAAGACUUUUGUUUGUUUGUUUGUUUGUUUUUGUAAAUUCAGCAGCAUUUUGUAACAAAGUGUUACCGCUUGACUGUGCUCCGUUAUUUCACUUAGUUUUAUUUUAUCAAAGAGCCGAUGUCCUGUAUUGACUGCAGGCUUACGUAUAUAUUUGACAAAAGAAUAUUGUAUGUUUAAUAAUAAAAAAACACACAAAAAAGACAAAAAGAAAAAAGAGAGCGUUGGAAAAAAAGUGUAAUUUAUAUUUUAAACCUGCAUGCACAAGGCUGGGAGAGUCGUGUUUAGAAUAACAAAUGGCAGUGCCUUUUUUUGUACUCGAGACGUUUCAGCCCAGAUGUCAAAAUGGUUUUAUAUGGAUUGAAAAAAAAAAAAAAAAAGCUGUCGUGUUACAGGAUGAAACUAGUGACUGCUGCGUCAGGUCGCGUUCAUGCUGCAGCUUGAAGUGUUCUCUCGUCUCUCGGAGAGUUCUUUAGCUCUUAGUUCACAAACAUUUGAUGUGUGUUUGGUCAUAUUUUUGAUUUUGGUUUCAUGUCACCGAGCUGAGCACUGUGAGGAGGAUUUAAAGAUCAUUUCUAUUUUUUUAUUUAGGGAGACUUCUUAAAUUCCCCAUAGUGAUAUUUACUCCUUGUCUCGGUCGAUCAGUGUCACAUAUAGGACUUCAAGAAAAAAUGACUCCAAGAUUUUAGACUAUUGUCCCCAUGGGGUAAUUCCUCUUCACAGCACCGUCUCUGUCCAAACAGACGAUUUGAAUCAAACAGAGUACAGUCCGUGCUGUGUGAUUUAUUCACAACUAGUUGGGCAGAAAAAAGGUCCCAACAUGAAUCCAUCACCAGUCCCUUCGAGCACAGCUGAUGCCAAAAAAUAUUCAGGUUACAUUAUUUCCACAGAGGACAAGUGAUCCUAGAUGUGCGAGAACGUUUGACCUUUAAAAACCUUUUAAUUUGCCAAAAAUGUUGUGCCCCCUCCACCCCCCCCCCCCCCCCGUGACCUGAUUAUGUAGAAAGUGCAGAUCUGAUGUUACAAAGAGGACUCAGAUAACGAGAAGUCACGACUGAUCCAAAGUUUUGCAACCUUUCUACAGAGUCAAAACGAUAGUUGUAUUUAAAAGUGUUCUCGUUGAGGAAACGUUUCAAGUCAAACUGAAAUCUGGAUUUGAUAAGCGUGGCGGCGGCGGUGUGAACAUGACCGGCGGCUGUGAACUCAGUCUGAUGUGUGUGCACUCUGUAGGUACUUCUUAUUGCUGAUAUGAAGUUAUGAGUUAUUGUGGUCUGUAUCAAACGGUGUGAAUGAGCGUGUGACAGUGAAGAGUGUUUGUUUGAAUACAUUCAAGUGUUUUUUUUUUUUGUUUUUUUUCAAAGUGUCUUGCUGUAAUUUUGUCGCGACGUACCAGAAUGCUGUGACUUGGCAUGCCCCUGUUAUACAUAAAAAAAAAGUUGUAACUCC